AUGGGGCUCCGGUCCAGGACCGUCGCUAGCGGCUCGGAGGAGCAGAAGAAGCAGCAUUCCGGUGCGCCUCCAGGGGACUUAUUGGAUCAAGGCACCGGCGGCGCGGAUAAGGAUGGCGCCUUGCUGCUGGUGGGUUCGGGUCGGGAAGACUUUAAACGGGGCUCUCAGGGUAUCGGCAUCGGGCUGCUGGCCAAGACCCCCCUGAACUACACCCGGCCGGCCAAGAGGAAUAACAUCCGCAAGAGGAAGAUCCAGAACCUGCUGUAUGAUGUGCUGGAGAGGCCGAGAGGAUGGGCGCUGCUCUACCACGCCUUCGUGUUUUUAAUCGUUCUGGGAUGUUUGAUUUUGGCCAUUCUGACGACAUUCAGGGAACAUGAGAAGGUGUCUGCACACUGGCUGGUUAUACUGGAAACCUUCGCCAUCUUCAUCUUCGGGGCUGAGUUUGCACUGAGGGUUUGGGCUGCAGGAUGCUGCUGUCGCUACAAAGGAUGGAGAGGGAGGCUGAAGUUCGCCCGCAAACCUCUCUGUAUUUUAGACAUCUUUGUGCUGAUCGCCUCGGUGCCGGUGGUGGCGGUAAGGAACCAGGGCAACGUGUUGGCCACGUCCCUGCGCAGCCUGCGCUUCCUGCAGAUCCUGCGGAUGCUGCGCAUGGACCGUAGAGGAGGAACCUGGAAGCUGCUUGGCUCGGCCAUCUACGCACACAGUAAGGAGCUGAUCACAGCCUGGUACAUCGGCUUCCUGUCUCUGAUCUUGGCGUCGUUCCUGGUCUACCUGGUGGAGAAGGACGACGUCUCCAUGGACUUGCCGACCCCUGACAACCCCACCGCUCAGCCCAAACCGCAGGACUUCGACACCUACGCCGACGCUCUGUGGUGGGGACUGAUCACGCUGACCACCAUCGGUUACGGGGAUAAAACCCCAAAGACCUGGGCUGGGAGACUGUUAGCCGGCACUUUCGCUCUGAUUGGAGUGUCCUUCUUCGCUUUGCCUGCAGGUAUUCUGGGUUCAGGUCUGGCUCUGAAGGUCCAGGAGCAGCACAGACAGAAGCACUUUGAGAAGCGCAGACAUCCGGCGGCCGGACUCAUCCAGUCUGCUUGGCGAUAUUAUUCCACUAAUCCAAUCAGGGAAGAUCUUAUUGCCACGUGGAGAUUUUAUGAAACUAUAAUAUCUCUUCCCUGUUUCAGGAAGGAUCACUUGGAGGCCAUGACGAGCCAGAAACUGAGCUUACUGGAGCGUGUUCGCCUUACCAACGCGCGGCCAUCGGUGGGGAUGGGCAGGAAGCUCACAGGGGCGGACUCCAUCGAGGAAAGUCCGUCCAAGGAGCCCAAACCUGCCGGCUUCAGUAACCGGGAACGCUUCCGCACCGCCUUCCGGAUGAAGGCCUACGCGCUCCGCCAGAGCUCCGAAGAUUCGGGAGCGCUGGCGGAUCCAGCCUUAGAGGAGCGGGGUUUCCCCCCAGACAUCCUCAUGGAGGAGAUGAUCCCCACACUGAAACUGGUCAUCAGGGCAGUCAGGAUCAUGCAGUUCCUCUUGAACAAGAAGCGGUUUAAGGAGACUCUGAGGCCUUAUGAUGUCAAAGACGUGAUCGAGCAGUACUCUGCUGGACACCUGGACAUGCUCUGUAGAAUUAAAUACCUCCAGACGAGGAUCGACAUGAUUCUCGCUCCUGGACCCCCCCUCACCCCCAAAAACAAGAAAACUCAGAAAACACCCUUUGCCUACCCGCCCAAUCAGUCGCCCAGGCAAGAGUCCGACAUAGCCAAAGCCGCCUCCAUGCCAGAUGCCGAAGACCAAAGCAUGAUGGGUAGAUUUGUCAGGGUGGAGAGACAGGUGGAGGACAUGGAGAAGAAGUUGGACUUCUUGGUGGACAUGCACAUCCAGCACACCGAGCACCUGCAGGUGGACUCUGCCGGCGCCGCCCACAUGACCCUGGAGGCCUGCGACACUACGGGAAGCGGCGAGAUCCGACGGGUUUUCUUCAACUACGCUGAGGCGUUCCCGCACAUGUCGUACCAGAUGCCAGUCAGCAAGGGCAACCCGUAUUACGGCAGAGGAGGGAGGGUAGGAGGGGAGGGGGCGGGGUUUACUGGAGGAGGCCACUUACCUCCAGAUCCCCAACCGCCACCGACACACUUCCACCAACGCCAACCUCCGGCCGCCAUCCCCACCUACACCGAGCGUCCCACCGUGUUGCCCAUCAGCUCCCUGCAGGACUUGUCAGCGGGGCUGGGCAGGACCACAGGGGGGCGGGGGGGUGACUCGCCGCUCUCCAUGCUGUCGGUGAACCAUGAGGAGCUGGAGCGCUCGCCCAGUGGCUUCAGCAUCUCGGGGGAGCGGGAAGGGGAGGAUGGGGUGAACUUAUCGAUGGUGGCGACCGAGGACAACAGCUGGACGAGAGCCAGACCGAGCUACCUGGCGGAGGGCGAGACAGACACGGACACGGACCCGUUCACGCCCAGCGGGGGGCCCCUGCCGCUCUCCUCCACGGGAGAGGGAUUCGGCGAUGCUGUGUGGAACACGCCGCCCUGA